AUGAGUUCAUCGUCAAGCAGCCGGAAUCCUUCAGCCCCUGUUCACCGAGAAACCCAAGGUCGAGCCUGUUCCCGUCAGCAGCCGGUAUCUCCACUGAAGAGGAGAAGUAGCAAUAGAACCACGCUGGCCCUGUUCACCGUGCCGGAGGUUUCGUCAGCCCCGUCGGCCUUCGUCGAGCGGUAUCAGCCACCGCACGUUCUGUCGGGAAGGAGAUCUUCCCGAGCCAUACGUCGUCGAGCAGCAGUUGUUUCCCGACAAGUCCCGCUGUCGCUGGUAGCAGUCGGCGACCCUCAGCGUUUUGUUCACGACUGA